AUGGCUCCACCGAAGUCAAUGGCAGAGUGCCCUCUGUACUUUUAUAAGUUCCGGUACCUGGGGAAACACCUCAUAGCCCGCCACUCCAUCAGGAACCUGGAGGAGCGCAAAAUUUUGAUUAACCUGGGGUCCAGGCGGGUUAACAUCAGGGGGCUCACCUGCCCCAUCCCGGGAUGCGGGUACGCCCGCUCCCGUCUUGAUACACACCUUUCACAGACGGGCCAUCCUGAGAUGGAGGUGGGUGAGCUGGUGAAGGUGGUGGAGCAGGUGAAGAGGGACCUGACGGUGAAGCUGCUCCGUGAGCUGAGGGCGACCAAUCCGGUCCCUCCCCUGCUCUCCUCCCUGGACCUGGAUCCUGAGCAGGAGGAGAUGAGGGAGGCUGGCCCCAGCUGCUCGCCGCCGGCCACCUGCUCAAACUGCCACGCGCUUCAGGCAGAGGUUAUAGAGCUGCAGAAGAAGCUAAGGAUACAGCUAAAGACUUUAUCAAAGAAGAAAAAGCGUAUCACCUACCUUCAGCAGCAGUACUUCCUGCGGGCGGGGAGUCUGCCAUUUGCGAGGAGCAGGUCCUGCUGCCGGAUGUUCACCAUCCCUCAGCAGGACCUGCCAGCUGGCCAGGAUCCACCACUUCAAGUUCUUGGCCAUUGGCAGGAGGCUUACCUCGACAUGGCCAGAACACUUGCGGAGGGAGGGCAAGGCGGUGACGACCAUAGAAGCGUAUGUGGUGAACUCCAUGGAGUUCAUCACAUUUUUCCGAGAAACACCCCCGCCCACCUCCCGGGUGUUGAAGCGCACUCUGGUCGCCGUCCACAGGGCGCUCUCUGUGACGGUCUCUGGGCUGGGGAGACGGGUGGCUGUGCACCAAAUACAGGUGAAGCGCGCCAAGCUCAGGCACCUGUCCCGAAGUGUCACCUCCGUGUUUGCCGGACCAGGUGCCGGGAGGUGAUCCCUCGUUUGCUCGACCAGUUGGAGGAGGACUCCUCCGGGGACGUGAUGAGGAGGUUCUUUGGGCUCCUCUCCCUGUACAUCUGCUCCGUAUACGGACACCGCACCGGCGUCCUCCAGAACAUGACCGUUCUGGAGGUCGCCGAGGCCAGGAGCGCCAAGGACGAGGAGCUCGACGAGGGCUUCCUCAUCAACGUCAAGGAGCACAAGACGAACCGAGCCUUUGGCUCGGCUCAGGUGUUCCUUACCCCGGAGGAGUUCAGGUGGAUCGAGCGGUGGCUGACCGUGCGCGCCGGGCUUGACCCCGCCACGGACCUUCUCAUCUUUGCGGACGGCGACAAGCCGUUCAAAAACCUGCUGUCGUCCGUCCAGGAUGCGUGGUCUGAAUUGGGCUUGCCCGGCGCACCCACGAACGUCCAUAGCUACCUACGCAAGUGAUCAUCUAACCUUUUGAAAACAGUAUGUAACAAGCAAAUGUUGAAAGCUUUCCUUUAUUUCCUAAGGCCAGGGAUCACCUGCCGCCGGAGGAGCACACAGUAAUCAGUGGCAUCAUGUGCCAUGACAUCUCCACCGCGGAGAAAUACUACGCGGUGCAGAGGUCAUGCAGCCAACUCGCGGCCAUCCGCAAAACGUUCGACGCACUUACAGACCCAGGGAGGAGAUGGAACCCGUCCUCCUCCAGCCAAAGGGUGGGUUUUCACGUGCCUCCUCGAAGCCAUCCGGCAGCAGCAGAGGAUGGCUGCUGCCGGAAGGCUCCUUCCAUCUCGCACAACCUAAUCUAAUCGAUGUUC